AUGCAAAGCAGCGUGUAUAAUAAAGAGGAAAAAAAUAAAAGUGCUAUGCCAAAGGCAGAAGUAGUCAGCAGGCCUUCAGUACUAGAAGACGUGGUGGAUCUCUCAAGAAUACCGCAUGAAAAUUAUAAAAAGAAAGAAAAUUCACUAAUGAGUGAUCAAACUGUAGACAAUAGCAAUAGUACUAAAGAUAGCAAUAAUAAAAAAGAAAAAAAGCAAGAAGAGAAGAAGGCAGAGAAAAAGAGAAGUGAGGAAGCACGGCCUCCAAAUAAUCCGCCUGAACAGCCUGUAUACAGACAAGUGCGAAUGGCAGGCCAGCCGCCUGGGCCAGGAGGAAGGCCGCCUAUGCAGCCUGCAUCUUCACCACUGUCAUUUCCUAAAAAGAGCCCAAUUAGCCUGCAGACAAUAGCAAGCAUUACAAUGAUCUUGUUGAUGGGAACCAGCUUAGUGUUUCUUGUAAAGAACCAGAUGGAGGCGAGUGCAUCCAAGAGUGACAAAGGAGACUCUUACUAUAAGAGUAACUUUGAGACACUGGCAGCACAGUACAAACGGGUGACCCCCAAGCAGUGCAAGCAGAGCAUGUACUACGGGCUGAACAGAGAGUUUAAUGCGUACAUUAAUAUUAUUAUGUCGUAUAUGGCCAAGGGCAAAGAUUCAUCUGAUGAUGAGGAUAGCAGCGAAAUCACUAGUGGAGGGACUCUAAGAGGAAGCAUGCUGCAGAAGAACUUAAUAGUGUAUGGAAUGCCUGGAACAGGAAAGUCCUUCUUUGCACGUAAGAUUUUCCUGCAGGCGGCUCUCAACAUAAGAGCAGAGCAGCUAAAAAAACAGUACAAAACAAAGUACCUUAACAUUAUAGGUGGAAAGGGUUCGCAGCAAGUUAUUAAGGAGCUGUAUGACUGUGACGGCACAAUUGAGCUGUACCAAAUUGACUCUGCCAUGUUUUUGAACAAGCUCGUUGGAGAGACAGAGCAGACACUGCGGGGGUUUAUGAAUUUUAUAGAGUGGCGGCAGAAAAUAGUGCCUGUUAUUGUAUUUAUAGACGAAGCAGAGGCUCUCUUUGCAGCCAGAAAAGGCUCAGACGGCGGAGGUGGAGUGCAGGUCUCAAAUAACAUGAAAAACAUGUGGCUAACCUGGCUGGAUGGGCUAGACACAGAUGACAGCAAAAGAAUAUUUGUGAUAGCCGCAACGAACUUCUUUGAAUCAAUUGAUCAGGCUCUUGUUCGGCGAUUUAAGUCACAGCUGGGUAUUCCUACGUAUAUCUACGACGCUAGAGUAGAGCUCUUGGAAAAAGAGCUUUUUGCACCAAAAAUAGUGCAUGUAGAAAGCGAGGAGAAAAAAAUAGCUAUAGCAACAAAGACAUCAAAAAUACAUGGAAAUAACAUGAUGCAGAUAGUUGAGGAGCUAACAAAAUUAAGGUAUGAGACUAAAAAGCCAGUUCCUUUUAGAAAACUAGAGAAGGAAGUUGCUGCAGCAAACAAAAGAGCGGAGGCAAGUGAAAAAGAACAGAAAGCACAGACUGAAUUCAAAAUGUCAAAUCCAGAGGAAGUUAUCACAACACUGGUAUGGGGGAAAGCAGACACAAUAUCUAUCACUAAGGAGUCCAUGAUGAAAAUCGAAGAAGAGCUUGCGCCAAAGACAGAUGAAGACCUUGAGGAGCAAGAGAUUGGAGAUAAAAUUCUAGAGAAUGCUGGUAUCAAAAAGAAUAGAUUUGAUUAUAAGCAGGAGCAGGAUGUAGAAAUAGAAAAUAAACAUAUCGUUGAAUCGGUAGACACUGAAAGCAAUGCAGGCUUCUUUGGCAAUCGAUUUGGAAACAUUUUUGGCAAUUUAUGGGGAGCAAAUAGAAAUGAAGGUGAUGAAGAUUCAGGGUAA